AUGGACAGUGGUAUCUUCUCAUGCACAGGUGUGCCAAGGAGCUCAUUGGUGGGUUUUGACGCCUCUAGCGAGUCAGAAGCCUCAUCUCAGGAAAUGCAGAUUGGGGUCCCUCUAAAUGAAGCACGUGAUCUUCAAGUUCGUAAACUAGAGAUCCCCGACAAAAGCAAACGGUUUGUAGAGCUACUGCAGCAACUGACAGUUUGCGAUGCUAUCUCCGAUGAGGAUUUCCAAAAGCGGUUCCAAGAGCUCAGCUCUCUCGGCGAUGACCAUGUGAUUUGUGUGAUAGAGGAUACUAAUCGUGGAAAGAUAGUCGCUACUGGAAGUGUGUUCAUUGAGAAGAAGUUUAUAAGGAACUGCAGCAAGGUUGGCCAUAUUGAAGACGCGGCUGUUGAUUGUGAUUCUAGGGGGAUGCAGUUAGGAAAGAAGGUUCUUUUUUUUCUCACCGAUCAUGCCCAAUCUGUGGGUUGCUACACGGUGAUUUUUGACUACAGCAAUGAGAAUAAAGCAUUCUACGAUAAGCAGAAAGAAAUUCAGAUGGUUAAGUAUUUUAUCUAAGAAAUUACCAAAUUUGUUCAAUUAUAAGGAAGCAAUUCGUGUCUAACCCCAUUUUAAGUUCAUUUUUCUCAGUAAUCUCUCCCUAGAGUUUCAAUUGA